UUUUUUAUGACAAUUUAGCUCAAGUAUGGGUAAACCCUACUCAUUAAGGAGUGAAAACUUUUUUGCACUACUUUUACAUUACUCUUCGAAUGGCCCAUUGAUUGGGGCGGUAUUUCAAAAGGCCCGACACUUCCUGUUCCCUAGAAAAGGACAUCAUCGAUGGUAGUAAUAUCUCCAACCAUAUCACCUUCUGUCAGUAUCUGACAGCUAUAAAGGACGUUAAAUUUAAUGAGACAACUAUUUACCGCCACUACAUUGCACAAGAGAAAAUAAAUUAAAGCAUCGACUAGAACAGUUGUAGUGACAGUCGACCUCUCACGUCCUUUUUGCAGUGUAACCAUAAACAAACAAAGGAAAACCCCGUGCGGUCGUGACAUUCAAUGUAGCGUAGUACUAGCAGCGAAAUAGUACCAUAUCGCUAACUAUAAAUGAAUCAAGUACCUAUCAAUAAAAAUACCGAGCAAAUGCACCAAACCCAAUCUAGUUAGACGCAGUCGAGCAUGCAAGGUCUUACCUUAACAUUGUCUUUAAGCAUCCUUAGCCCUGACAGUUAGUCGUAGUGAAAUGACAGAAAUAAACAAAACGAAACAUCCUAGAGCGGUUCAACGCAACCGCACGUUGAUCGGCACCGUUUCACCUGUGCCACCGGGACCGUUCUACGACCCGAUCAUUCCCGAGCGUUACUCUCGCACACGAACCGAGUCUAAUCCGUCUCGCUCGUUCGCGCUCGUGCUUGCGUUCGUGCGUACGCACAGCAUUCGUCAUCUCUGCCUUUUCGGGGCGAUCUCUCUCCCCGGUUCACCGAAUUGCGGCACACGCUCUGCAGACGGGCUAGCUUAUAAAUAUUGGACUAUCGGAAAUGGGCUAAGUCAGUGUGCGGUGACUACUGCUCGACAGCUGACACAGAUUUUUGCGCGGCUUUUUUUGCGGGUGAGGCGAUAUCCGUCGAAGCACGUUUCCCGUGACGUUUGUGCGAGUGUUUGAUGUUGAUUGUGUUUUUUUUAGUUUCUCCUUUAUUUGUAUGCACAGAAGCAUUAAAUGUGCAGUAAAGCAGUGAGACUGCUAGUAGUGAGCGAGCAAGUGCGUGGCGUGGUAAAGACAAAGAACACUAAAGUUUAAGUGCUUUCACUUAACUGCGCGCUACCGGGAGUCCAGCGACACAACAAAAAAUCCAGCACCAACCAAAAAUUCUAACAUCUAUCAAAAAAAAGCACACAAGUACGUGCGGCGCACCUUUAAAGCAAGCGUAACCCAGACCGGAUCGAUUCGUGCUUGCAAAUAUUCAAACCACAUUUGAACAGUCGGCAAGCAUGGAGGGCCUACUCGGUGGUAGCCUGCUGUUGAGCAAGCUGUCCAAAGUGUUCACACUGUUCUCGCCCGUCACGUUGCUGCUGCUGACGACCGUAUCCUGCGCCAUUUACGUGUACAACCGACGGCGGGCCCAUAUUGUGCGGAACAUUGAAAAAAUUCCCGGCCCCGCUGGGCUACCGAUCAUCGGCAACACGCUGCAUAUCAACGUAGAUCACGAUGAAAUUUUCAACCGCAUCAUCGCUAUUCGGAAGCUGUACGGAAGAAUUCAAGGGUUCAGCAGAGCCUGGAACGGCCCACUGCCGUAUGUGAUGAUCUCCAAAGCGAGUGCUGUCGAGCGCAUUCUCGGUAGCCAGAAGCAUAUCGAAAAGAGUCACGAUUAUGAGUUCCUGAAACCAUGGUUGGGUACGGGUUUGCUUACCAGCUCGGGCAAGAAGUGGCAUCCGCGCCGCAAGAUCCUGACACCGGCCUUCCAUUUUAAAAUAUUGGACGACUUUGUGGACAUCUUUCAGGAGCAGAGUGCGGUGCUGGUGAAGCGCCUGGAAGCGGAGGUGGGCAACGAGAACGGAUUUAACUGUUUCCCGUACGUAACACUGUGUGCACUUGAUGUGGUGUGCGAAACGGCCAUGGGAAGACAGGUGAAUGCACAGUGCAAUUCUGAUUCCGAUUACGUGAAAGCUGUGUACCAAAUUGGAAGUAUCGUGCAAAAUCGGCAGCAAAAGAUUUGGCUACAACCAGAUUUCAUCUUCAAGCUAACGCAGGACUACAAGAACCACCAGAAGUGUCUCGGCAUACUGCACGAGUUUUCCAACCGCGUCAUCCACGAACGGAAGGAGGAGAUCCGGCAGCAAAAGUUGGUCGAUGACAAGAACAACAACAAUGCGAACCGCAGUAUCGACGCGAACCAGGACGGUAAUAACAACAAGGAUGACUAUCUGUCGCACGAAGAGUUCGGACGCAAGAAGCGACUCGCCUUUCUCGAUCUGCUAAUCGAGGCAUCGCAGGAUGGUACCGUACUGUCACAUGAGGAUAUCCGCGAGGAGGUGGAUACGUUUAUGUUCGAGGGUCACGAUACAACGUCGGCGGCCAUUUCGUGGAUUUUGCUGCUACUCGGUACGGAGCCUACCAUCCAGGAUCGGAUCGUGGAAGAAAUCGACCAGAUCAUGGGCGGUGAUCGGGAACGCUUCCCGACGAUGCAGGAGCUGAACGAGAUGAAGUAUCUGGAGGCAUGCAUUAAGGAGGGUUUGCGACUCUACCCGAGUGUGCCGCUUAUUGCACGCCGGCUGACCGAAGACGUGGACAUCGAUGGUUAUGUACUGCCGGCCGGUACGACCGCCAUGAUUGUCGUGUAUCAGCUGCACCGCAAUCCGGAGGUGUUCCCGAACCCGGACAAGUUUAAUCCGGACCACUUUCUGCCGGAAAACUGUCGCGGUCGGCAUCCGUACGCGUACAUACCGUUCAGUGCUGGGCCGAGAAAUUGUAUCGGCCAGAAGUUUGCCGUGCUGGAGGAGAAGUCCAUCAUUUCGGCUGUGUUGCGCAAGUACCGGGUGGAGGCGAUCGAUCGAAGGGAAAAUCUCACACUGCUCGGAGAGUUGAUUUUACGCCCGAAGAAUGGUUUGCGCAUACGCAUUGCACGACGCAACUAGUGCUAACGGUGAAAUGGUACCGUGUAUAAAGAGCUAACAAAUAUUAGAUCGCUAACAAUUAGCCUAACAUUUAGCGUUUUGGAGCAUUAUGACAAUUAUGUAAUAGCUAUGUAAAAGAUAAACAGAAAGGUACAAGAUGCUCAAUUAUGAAUAAAUAAACGCGUUUAUUCAUAAUUUGAACGAUCUGCAAAA